AGAACGCUUUACGGCUGCGGUAAAACCCCACGUGUAGCCCAGGAAGUCUGUGUGGAGCAGUGUUUGGUGUGAUUAAACAGUGAAAGGUCCAUUGAGAAGACGAGGGUGGAGAUUUGUGAAAAAUGGCAAAAAGCUUACGGAGCAAGUGGAAGAGGAAGAUGCGAGCUGAGAAGAGGAAGAAGAAUGCCCCCAAGGAGCUGGCUCGUCUCAAAACUGCCCUGGCUUUAGAUGGCAAGGGGGACAUUUCCAUGGAAGAUGUGAAGGAGAUCGCAACUGUAGUGCCAGCUGCGAAGCUGAAGGAGAAAGCGAAAGAUGCAGCGAUGGAAGGAGAAGACGGGGGCGCUACUGAGAUGGACACAGACAGCAAGCGAAGCAAAAAAACUCAGCUGGACGAGCACGGGCAGUACCCCAUAUGGAUGAACCCGAGACAGAGAAAGAGGCUGAAGCAGAAACGCGGGAACCAGGGCAAAGCAAAGCAGCAAAAGAAAUUGGCUUGGUAGAUUGAUUCUUUGAAAGUGAAGAAAUCUGUGAGCUGUAUGUUGUGUUAUAUUUGCAUGGAGUGUUGGUGGUGAUGGUCGUGUCUUUUUAAAAUGGAAGGAGUAUAGAAAAGUAACGAGCAUUUCUUUAAACGGCUCAGUUGCAUUUUGGAUUUCUGUAAAGAUAAGUGUGGACACUUUGAACAUGUUCCAAGAGGCUACAUUUCUAGGAUUAUGGGACUGUCAAGGGGAAAAAAAAAUCUGGUAUGCAUUACAGUGAUGGCAACAAGACUCCCAUUGCGUAGCAGUUUGAUCCAUUCAUGGCUUUACAAUUGAGUAUAAGAAGACAUAUCUGAGCUUGUGAGAGCUAUACCGUGUGGCAAAUCAGGCUCCUAGGAAAACCUGGAAUGGGUGAAACUUUUAUGCAAUAGAAGUCUUAUUUCCUUCCCUGCAUUAGUUAGAUCUCCUGCCUUGUUAAUAGAAAGCUGUAUGCCCAAAGCGAUUUUUAAUCAGGAUCUAGACUUUUUUUUCCCUGUUCUAUGUUAUCCGGAAUAUUAAUUAUUAAUUUGACAAAUGAUUUGAACUUGCUGCUUGGUCGUGGAGAAUGAAUGGUGUAGACAAAUGCAGUCUUUAUGCUAAACGAAGGGUCUGAUACACCUUAUAACUCUCCAUAGGUGUUUGUUAAAAUUCCCAUGUGGUAUAAUAACUUGUAAACUUCAGUACAUUUUGAAAUAAAUGUAUUGCUCAAUGUA